GGCGGCGGCGGCGGCGGCGGUGGUGGCGACGGCAGUAGUGACGGUAGCAGUCUCGGUCGGCGCGUCACGAACGACACGUUCGCUGACAGACGUCGCUCGUACAGGAAUACCAGUCGUGUGACCGGAGUAAACGAGGCUGCUCCGUUUUCAUUGAUCUUUCUGUGUUUCUCUCGCGUGGACCGUCUUCGCUCGACAGCGGCUCGAGAGGAAUCUCGAGAACGAGAACGACGACGACGACAUUGGGAUGGCAAAAGAAACGCGAGCACGGUCGCGUGCGGCCGUACCACCGAUGAACUCACAUUACUCCAGAGCGUAAUUCCUUCAGCGGUGGAGGGAAGCCCGCUCGGAGUGAUCGGCUUCGUAAAGCAGUAGUACAACGGCGGUCGUGGGCAGCGACGGACCGAUCGCGGAGUCGUGUCGCGUGCGUCGGUGGUCUUCUCGGCAUUCGUCACGCGAAAUCGAUAAACGGGGACGUCGCGAAAGGGAGAAAGAGAGAGAGAGAGAAAGAGAGAGAGAGAGAGAGGGAGGGAGAGAGAGAGAGAGAAAGGGAGAGGGGGAGAGAGAGAGGCGGUCGCUUACGCGCGCACGUUAUAAUUCGCGUUGUGAAAGGUGCUAAAACGAGGACUCGAGGGCGAGACGAGAGAGCGAGAGAGCGAGAGAGCGAACGAGAGAGAGAGAGAGAGAGAGAGAGAGAGAGAGAGAAAAUAGAGGUGUUCGGGGAUAAUUGCAGGAAACGCGAGUGAAACGGCGACCGCAGUUGGACUCGACUAGUCGGGAAUCCUCGCGACGUUCCGCUUCGCCGCCGCGGAAUCCGUCUAGCGGAAAGCAACGACGCUUUGGACGGCCGCGCGGCAACGAAAUUCAAGGAUCCUCCUCGAGAAUCAGCGCGUAUCGCGGAAUCGUCGAAAUCGUUUACGCGCUCGCGAUCGUCUCGAUCUCAAUGGACCACCGUGAUCGCGCCGCGACUCAUCAUUAUAGUAACCUUGAGACCCCGCCAAGGUAAUCGGGAGGGAUCUUCCGUGAGCGGGCCGGCCGUUCUCCUCGUCCCGACGACUCACGGCAGUCCGCGAACGUCGGAGAACAUCGGCAGACACGGAGAAACGGUACGAUUAUAUUCGCGAGAUGAAGAAAAGCUCCAGCAUGCCUCGAUCAAUAGGCGCACGGCCUUCGCCGGACUGACUUCCUCGCGCACGCAACGCGAGACGCGAACGCGCGUCGCGUUCGCCAAAAGGAGCACGUGCAUCUCUACGACAACGACGACGACAACGAUUACGACAACGGUGGUCGAGAAUUGGUAGCUCGGUGAUCGUGGAUCGAGGGGGAGAGAGAGAGAGAGAGAGAGAGAGAGAGAGAGAGAGAGAGAGAGAGAGAGAGAGUCAACCGAGUCGAAGCAUGUGAUCUCCGCGGGGGUUUCAUCGAUCAUCACGCCGCUGAAGGAGGGAUGUUGCGACCGCACAUCGGCAGGAUGGUUUAACGUCGGCCGAUCCAUGCGUGUCGAUGGCCGAUGCGAACAACGACGGUUGAUGAACGAUAACGGCGGCGUGUAGACAGGUGGGAUAUCGUUGACCGCGCGUAAGAAAGUGUGUAACGCGCGUCGCCGCCGUGGGAACGCGAGCGUGAGGAAUAGGUAGGAAGCCACAGCACAGGUGGCGGUGGUAAGGACGGGGCAGAGAGAGAGAGAGAGAGAGAGAGAGAGAGAGAGAGAGAGAGAGAAAAGGAAAAAAAGGGUACAGCGCUCGCUGUAUUGUCCUAAGGGGCGAGACCUGCAAGGACUAUGGGAGUAUACAAUGGAAGGAUAUAACAUGUCGGUAUAAGUGAAUGACAUUACUGAAGGAGGAAAAGAGAGAGAGUGAAAAGGAAAGAAAGAAGCAAGCGCGAAAGAGAGAGAGAGAGAGAGAGAGAGAGAGAGAAGAGAGAAGGAGAGAGAUAAAGAGGGAAAGAGAAAGCGGAAAGAAGCCCCAACAAUGAAGGAACACGGCAACAAACAACAUCCGGCGGAACCGGCGGCGAAGACGCUCAAGUCGCUGCUGAAGAAACCGGGGCAGACCAAGGCGAAGUCGCAGAAGCAUCGAGUGGUGAUCAAUGAGAAGCUUAACGAGUUCUUCGCGGCGGACUACAUAAUACUGAUAAAGGAGGAGUGCUGCGCCGAUUACGAGGAGGAUUGCGACUGCUGCUACCAGGAGCACGAGUUCAUGCGGCUGGGUAACUGCAAGGAGUGCCGGGCGGAGUUGAACCUGCACUUCGGCAUCGGCGCCGGCACCGGCACCGGCACCGGCAACGGCAACGGUAGAUACGGCGAGAUGGCGAGGGGUGUGGAACAGGCGCUCUGCGAAAACGCCGUACGUGGAGAUCAUCGCGGCGGAGGGACUCGCGGAAAGAGUCAGCAGGGUCGCGAGGACACGCAAACGGAGGAGGAUGAGGAGGAGGACGAGGAGGAGGCCGACGACGGCGAGGAGGAAGAGGACGAGGAGGAGGAGCGGGAGGAGGAGGAGGAGGAGGACGAGGAGGAGAACGUCGACGGGAAGGUGGAGAAGGUAGCGGCGACGGCGGCCACCUCCUCGGUGCAGGAAAGGAAGGACUCGAAGAACGAGCGAGUGGAUGCGGAGGACGCGACGAAAGGGCGCCGGACAAAGGAAACCGCUACCGCGGAUUCCCAGGAGGAGAGCGGAACCGUGGUUCCGCCGCCGCCGCCGCCGCCGCCGCGGCACGAUCAGCAGCAGCAGGAAACGCUUAGCCCGCCAGAAGGUUACAAAGACGUGUGCUCCGACAACGAGAUCGCGAACGAGACGGAGCAACGUGGCCGCACAUCCGCGUCCCCCGCAACGUGCACGGAGUGCAAUUACUACCAGCAACAGGCACCGGAAUGCGAAUCGCAAACGAAGGAUCGUGGGAAUGAACAGGAUACGCAGGGCAGCAAGGACACGGUGCACGACGGCAGUCAGAGAAAUUUGCAAGAAAAACAGGAUAAACAACAUCGGGCGUCUCAUCCCGAUCUGCACCAUCGUUAUCUCGUGGAAACAAUAACGAUGACGACUGUUACGGAGCGACGCAUCGUGCGGGAAAUUAGCGAGGAGGAGCGGAAGGAUUGCUUCGGGCGAUCCGAUACGGAUAAAGAUAAAAGCGUUUGCGAUGCCCCAAAGGAUAACGGUUUUAAUCCGGCGCUUUGUCCCGGGACAGGCGGCUCAAUGUCGAUCGUUCACGAGAACGCGGCGCAGUUCACCGCACGGUGUAACGACUCGGAUGUGACAGAGGAUCGUGAAGGUAAUGCAAACGCCAAAAAUUCGACGGGCAACGACAAAAGAGUGGCGACGACGGUGGAAGCGGAACGCAUCAGCGAUCAAACGACGACGGGCGAACAGUCGCGCGAGGCGCAGGACGCGAAAGAGCUGUCCCUCGUUUUCAAACUGGGCAACGUGUCCCUCGCUAGUAACAGCUUGAAGCCAAAUUCCGCGGUGAGACAACUCUUUCCCAACCCAAAGUUCAUCUCGCCACCGCCGGUACCGGCCAACAAAGUGAGCUCGUCGACCGGCUCGGAACACUCUCAGGACGAAGCGCAGAAGUUUCUGAUUACCGCCGAGAGUCUGCGGCUGUUCGAUGCGGUUAAAAAGUCGACGGUCCCUGGUGGCUCCUACGAGUCGCCAGAAUGCGAGUCCAGCUCGAUCAAGAGAUCCAUCGAGCGGAACACUCUGCGGCGUAGUCUGAUCGGCAAGUACAACACGGUAACGCGUAAGAAGAAUCUGCGGCCCAAAAAUCUGUCGCUGGAGGAGCGAAUCAGGCAGCUCACGUGCGUCGAUCAGGAUGACGAGAACCUGGACACGACCGACAGCUCUGACAACACGAACUCCGCGAGCGAUCCCAAAUACGGCGGAGAUCUCUCGAUACGAACGUCGCCAUUGGGCGAGGAACGGCCUAUGUGCGAGUCGCUGCCGGCGAAUGUAGCCUCGACGGAAACCACUGCCAUUUUAACGAUGGUGUCGACGAGAUCGAACUCCUUGACGGCGGCGACGGCGGCAACGACGACUACGGCGGCUGCGGCGGCGGCGGCGAUGGCAACGAGCGCGUCCACGAACACGCACGGGCAUAAUUCGAUGGGAAUGCCGAUGCUGGUCACGGACAAUCCACCGAAUCAGUCUACCUACAGGAAGAUCACGGAUCUGUUCGCGCAUAAGAAAAACAUUCAAUCGAAUCUACCAGAUCUCGGGAUAGGCCCGGGUGGGAGAAAUCUUCUCGCCAAAGAGUGCCAGUCGAAAAACCCGUUGACGAAGAUGAACUCGGAUGUGCGAAGGCAAUUACUGGCGAGUCUGGCGCCGUUAUCCUGUGUCACAGUCAACAGCUCUGACAACCAGGACGACUAUUACCGAAACGACUCCAGGAUGUUGACAUCCUCGAAUCGUGAAUCGAUAAGCUACAACUCGGACUCGUCGUACAGUUUAGAAGACAUAGAGGCAGCUCUGAAUGGCGACGACAGGAAGUACGCCGGUCAACCGGAUGUGACGAGAUGCACGCCGAUAGGCAGUAGACCCGACAUCGGCGACAACACCGCUGACGAGCUGUUCGCGUUCGUCGAGCAGGACAAGUCGAGGAUGGAGCGGAUAAAACGCCGCUACAAUGAGCCAGAGGAUCGUUACACGUUCAUUAAUGGCUACCACUCCGAGGACAAGGCCGUAAAUACGUCUGAGAAUUAUGACGGUAAGGGUAUUAAGAAUCACGAUGGCAAGGACGCGCAGGCGGACAACGAAGAGGAAGAGGAAGAUGACGAACUCAACGAUUACGGGUUCAAUCGACGACCGUCGGUAACGGGUAUCAAAACGCAAUACGAGGCUACCAACGAGGCCAUUCAUCGAGCACGAGCGGCUUGCGCCAGUGCAACUAACAAUGAUGCGAGAUCUGGCUCGAUAUGGCCGAUGUAUUGCGAUGUAAACGGCGACAAGAUCGACGCAAAGUCUCUGUUGACCGCUGACGGAGUGGACGAGGCGAUUCCCAUACCUACAGACGUGGCGUACGCGAUGGGGAGCUUCGAGCGGGACACAAACACGAUCAAUCGCAUAAACACAAUGCAGAAGCAAAUCGAUGACAUAUAUCAGACUAUUGCCGAGAGCACGGCGGUAACAGCGAAUAUCCAGGGUAUUUCCGAGCACGCGACUUAUCUGGAGAACGCGAUACCACGGCAGUUCAUCAGAACUCCGUCCAGCGACGGCGCCGCGCACCUGUACGCCGAGCACAGAAAUGGUCAUCACUACUUUCAAGAGCAACAGCAGUUAUCGAGCACACGUAUGCUGCGUCGCGCGGGUGGUGGUGGUGGUGGUGGUGGUGGUAAUGGUGGCGGCGUCGGCGGCGGCGGCGGCGGCGGCGGCGGCGGAGGAACCAGUGGUGGCGACGAUAUCGCGGGUGCGAUAUACACCAACACUCUGUCGAAGAUGCAACGUCGCAACCCACCGGUGACGAUCGCGAACUACCACUGCAACGUGAUGCCCGGCGGCACUGUGCCCGCUGUCAGUACCAAGUGCUAUCGCACCAUGUACUUCGUGCCAUACAGCGGCAUGUCGGACCCCACGUAUCAGAACAUACAGCGUAUCUUGCCGCCGCAUUCCUCUCCGAACUACGCCAGCCACAUCGAGCGCUACCCGUAUCCUCGUUUGAACAAGACCAAUCAGCAACAGGCGUUGUACUACAAUACGAAUCGUUCCGCGACGUCACAUUCCAAUUUAAACGCAUCACCACCCAUCCCGCCGCCGCCUCCGCCGCCGCCACCACUCGCGUCCGCCACCAACCCGAAUUCCAUGCCGUUGCAGAGUGCCCAGCAGGCCUUACACCUGCACAUACAUCCUCAUCAGACCGAGGACUUCCGCCCGCCCAACAUCGCGUUCUCCCCUGUGCCACACUCGACGGUGCACCCCAUGCAAUUUCACCAUCAUCAGCACCAGCAUCAGCACCAGCACCAGCAUCAGCAUCAUCACGGCGAAAUGGCGUCGUAUCGCGUGCCCAUGGCGACGCAGCAAUCGCCAUCCUCGUACACGGUGAUCGCGCCCUCGAGAUGCAUUCCAGCGAGUAACCAGGACGGCUAUCCGUUGUAUCCGGCUCACCUGGCGCGCGGCGCCGCUACCGCUGGCACCACCGCGACUGCCGUCGCCGUCGCCGCGGACGUGCAAACGCAAACGAUCUCCAUCGCGGCCGCCGCCUCGUCAUUUUCAUCAUCGUCAUCCUCGUCGUCUACCUCCUCAUCGUCCUCGUCGUCGUCUUCGGCGUCCGCCCUGUCGUCUUCGUCCUCGUCCAUAUCGGCCGCUGCCACCGCUUCCCUAAAAUGCACCGGGAUCAUGACUAAUAGCAGCAAGAACUGCGAAUCGAUUCUAGGUACGUCUUACGGUAGUGGUAAUGCACAGUCCGUGCCAGGGAACGUCACUCCACUCGCGUGCCCGGCGUCGUCAUCGUCAGCUGCGACUGUGACAGCCGUCGCCGGGUCUUCGGCGACGAUAAUGCAAUUACCACGCGCCAUUAAUACGUGCGCAGUAACGGAACGUGGAGUUCCCGAGGGUGCCGCCAGUAUGCCCACCCGAGACUUCCCACACUCGGCUCUUGGCCCAGCGAACUCGGCGUCGCACGUCCUGCUGAUGUCCAACUCUUACGUCGAUCCCAACACCAGUCUCAUGUCCGCUCCAGCCAAUACUCCAAACACGGUAUACUACGCCAUGAAUGUCUGAAGGGACAACGAGUAAUUUAUAUAUUGCGAAAAAUGUUCGAAACACGCCUAAAAAAAUCUUGCCUGAAAACGUAAAACGUCUUUACGAUGUCUUGCGGAUGUUGUAUUAACUCCGGGAAGUAUUAACUCGUUCGCUGCUACGACGAGUUAUUUUAACGCGAUUCGUAAACAAUAAAGGCGUGCAGUAGAGAGAUUCAGAGAGUCUCUUCUACCAGUGGCUGCACACACAUGACAGAAAUUACUCGUUGUCAUCUUAAGACAGCAAUAUUUC